UAAAACAAUAAUAGAGUACAAUUUGACAUAGCAGUCAAAUAUGGGAUUCGGAAACGAGUUUGGAAAAACUUUUAUAAAUCUGUCAACAAAGUUGUAAUCGAGACAUAUAAGUCGGAAAAGCUGUUUUCACAAAAAGAUUAACAAGGACGUUUCACUGUAGAGGUCUUUAAGAUGUUGGAUAGACGGAGAUUUAGUCAACAAACUAGCAGGAUAUCAAAUUCAGUUCAUCAUACUUUGAAAACGAAUAUUGACAACAAAUCUGCUGAAGGUGCAGAUUUACAAUGGAAUGAAUCAAAAUGUCCUCCACCAGAGAAAAUACUAAAAAUUGCGUUUGCUAUUUCUCUCUUUAUCAUUGUUCUCGGUAGUGGUUUUAUAGCCAGAGUAACCUUCCAUAUAUUAAUGUGGCACAUAAGUCCUCCGAUCAUGUCGAAUGAUUCCAACAUCAAUAGACUUGGGGGAUUGCUGGAGGCUAACUGCUCGGCCUGCAAUAGAUCAGACUGUUCGCAGUCAGAUUUAUACUUUGCGGUAGAUGAGAUAUGGAUAUGGGCAGUUUUCCUGGUCAUCGUUGCCCCCUACUUUCUUACAUUCUUGUCAACAUUUUUCAGAAUUUGUUUUAAAACGAAUAAGCGAUUGGAAUGGAAAGUGCUUUUUGCAGCAAUGUUUAUUGAAACAGUCCACUCCAUCGGUGUUUCCAUCCUGGCAUUUCUUGUGUUACCUUCUUUUGAUCCUGCUUCCGCUUCCGUUAUUUAUAUGGCGGUCGCGUUGGUACCGGCAACUGUUAAUGUAGUUGACAUAGUUGUUGAUAAGCGAUUGCACCAAAAUACAAAAGUGUCAAAAUAUUCACCAUUUAACGAUGCCUCGAUGCUCUCUCUUUCUUUUCCGGUCCUUGGUAUUGUUUUCCAAAUUAUUGGAAUAAUUUUGAUUGGGUUGUACAUAGACAGAGGUUGGUUGUCUGGGAUAUUUGUAGUUGCAGCUUUGUUUACAUCUGUUAAAUACUGGGAAAAUUUUAUCACCAUGGGAGACGAAGAUGCUGUUUUCUUGAGACAUCUAAAACGGGAAUUACAUGUUGGCCGAACAAAAGUUACUUGCCUGGCAAAUAUCUGGAAGAUAACAAUAACUUUCCUUACCGUCAUAACAAUAUUCACAAGUAAAUCUGACGAUCCAAUGGCUGCUUUUAAAUCACUCUUUAACAAUGGCAACGCGACCAUAUUUUCCUUUUUCGGAGAGGAAACAUUGGGAGACAAUCCAAUUUGUCAAUACAACGUUCCCUUAUUAAUAGCUGUUAUAACCAUAAUAUGCGACUACCUAUGCUAUAAGGCUACCAAAACUGUCUGCGCUAUCUAUUGUCAGCGAUUUGGAUUUGGCAUUCCAAUGGUGAUUUUGCCCGUUGCAACAACAUUUACUUUGGUGGGAUUAAUGCAUACCCCGGACAUCUUGAAGUUUGAAUCUUGUGACCUACUCUUUUCUGAUUGGUGCGUGAAAGGAAAUGGCAACUUGAUAGAAAAUUGUACAGAACUUUUUGUUGCAUUUUUCCUGUUGUACUUUUCAAUUCUUUUGAUAACCAAACAUGUUUGGAAGGUUAAUGGUUAUAAGCAUGGAGAAACAGCAAGGAUAUUCGUCCAACCCUUUUAUUGUGGAAUGCUUAUUGAUAUAUCCUUGUUGUUGAAUCGUAGGAGAUAUGAUAAAGAAUACGACAUUGUUCACAAAAAGAAAUUCGAAAAUAGGAAAAGAAAAAUGUUGUAUGCUUGUUGUGCCACGAUGUGGCACGAAACCGCUAACGAGAUGACACAGUUAUUAAAAUCAAUAUUUAGAUUAGAUAUGAAACAAUUUACGACAGAAAUGAUAGCAGAAUCGGCAAAAGAUGAUGAUCAGGUUGAACCAUUUGAUUUCGAAGGUAACGUUUUUUUCGAUGAUGCUUUUGAUCCACCUAAAGAAGGCCAGCCUGGCCCAGACGUUAAUGGUUAUGUUAAAACUUUUAUACAGGUUAUAAACGAGGCAGGAAGUGCUGUCCAUGGGAAGAGAAUAACAAUUCCUGAUGGUCAAAUGUACAGAACACCAUACGGUGCUAGGAUUUACUGGGAUCUCCCUGGAGGAAAUAAGCUCGUGGUUCAUCUGAAGGAUAAAAAUAAAAUUCGUCGUAAGAAACGAUGGAGUCAGGUUAUGUACAUGUUCUAUAUUCUGAAAUGGACCCUAGUUAACCAGUAUGGAAAGGCCGGGCUACAAGAGGCAGCAGAAAACACAUAUUUGUUAGCUCUUGAUGGGGAUGUGGAUUUUGAACCGGAAGCUGUACUAAGCUUAAUGAAGCGAAUGAAUAAAUCUCCUCUUGUUGGUGCAGUCUGUGGUCGAAUACAUCCUAUUGGCUCAGGUCCUAUGGUAUGGUACCAGAAAUUUGAAUAUGCUAUCAGUCAUUGGUUACAGAAAGCUACUGAGCAUGUUCUUGGUUGUGUUUUGUGUAGUCCAGGGUGUUUUAGUUUAUUCCGCGGAUCAGCCAUUUUGCACCCAGAUGUCCUUGACACAUACACGACAGAUUCAACAGAAGCUGAACAUUUCAUCCAAUACGAUCAAGGGGAGGAUCGAUGGUUAUGUACAUUGCUUCUAAAACAGGGAUGGAAAAUUGAAUACUGCGCAGAAUCAGAUGCGUACACAUAUGCACCGGAAGGAUUUCAUGAGUUUUAUAAUCAGCGUCGACGAUGGGUGCCUUCGACUAUGAUUAACGUUCUGGAUGUAAUAAUGGACUGGAAACAAAUUACAAAUAACAACGAGAAUAUAUCUUUUCUGUAUAUUGUCUACCAUUCAAUUCUGUUUGCUUCCGUUCUGUUGACACCAGGUACCAUAUUUAUGCUGGUAUUUGGUGCGAUUAUUCUUGGUUUUGAAUCAAUUCCACCAUGGCUAUCUUUGGUACUGAAUCUCAUCCCAGUUGGAAUAUUUCUGAUCAUGACAUUGUAUGCCUCGCAGCAACGACAGAUUCAAUAUGCCGCUGUUUUAUCAGUCAUAUACGUGAUUGUUAUGGUAAUUGUGUUGAUUGGCGUUUUACGAACUACUAUCGUGGAGGGAUUCUGUUCCACGGCCACCUUUUUCACCAUAGCAGUAGGAGGUAUUUUUAUUAUUUCGGCUGUAAUUCAUCCAAAGGAAAUACUAUGCAUCAUACCAGGUUUGUUAUAUUUUUUGGCAAUCCCAUCAAUGUCAAUGCUAAUGUUCCUGUAUUCAAUUGGUAAUCUUCACGUUGUAUCCUGGGGAACAAGAGAAGCAACACCAGAUACAGAGGUCAAGAAAUCAACUCAAAAACAUAAACCAGAAAAUGAAGAAAAGGGCUACUUCUGUUCUCUGGGAGAUUUCUUCGGUUGUAUAUUUUGUCCAACAAAUACCUACACAAAGGAAGAUUUACUUUAUACGAACAUGAUAAAUAAAGUGGACAGAAUAGUUAAAGGUGAAAAGGGAGAUGAAGAAAAUGAUGGAACAAUUAACGUUGACGGAAAAGGUCACACAAAGAAUACAGAUGAAAAAUCAGACCCAGUGGAAAACGAAGAUAGAAGUGGAAUUCAAGAUAAGAAUUCGUGGGACGAUAGGAUAUUCAAGACAGAGAAUGACGAGGAAUACAAUCUGAUUGCUGAUAGACAUGUAAAAGCAAUUCCCAAAAACGAGAUCAAAUUUUGGAAAAAAACUAUCAGGAAACAUUUAAAACCCCUAAACAUGAGUCCGACAAAAGAAAAGAAAAUUCAAGAUGAUCUUGUUGACUUGCGCAAUAGAGUAUCGUUAUUUGUGUAUCUAUUAAAUGGCGUUUUAGUUACUGUGAUGUAUUCCUUAACCCAGGUAAAUGUUUUUGAAAAUGAUUUGACAAUUACAUUCGUUUGUGGCGGACGAGACGAUAAUAAAAUAGUUCCUAUCGCCAUUCUAUUUGCUGUUGUAUUCGGAAUUCUUCUUUCAAUCCAGUUUAUCUGUAUGCUUUACCAUAGGUUUUCAACCCUGGUACAUAUUGCAGCCAAUACCGAUAUUUGGGAAAGUGAAAAAACAGAAACGACAAAAAUAGACGAAAAAAUAGCUUCACGUCUCGUAUCUGCUGAAACCCAUCGGUCUAGAAAAACUACGGUAAUAUCCGACAAGGAUAGAACCGUAUUAGAUAUGAAUAGGUCGAUCGUAAAAGAAAAAGGAACGAAAUUUAGACAAUUGUCAGAAAUUGUUCAGGAAAAUAUGCAAAAAAUGAAAAUCGAUGUCGAUAAAAUGAGAAGCCUUGAAAAACUUGAAGGUUCGGUUUUCCAGAAACGUAGUAGCAAGAUCGCGGAGCGAUAUGCCAUGAAGUGGAAACAUCGCGGGAAAACAUUUGGGGGUAUUGUUGAUCAGUUAAUAAUAAAGGAACGCAAUAAAAAAGAGGCCAAAGAUAAUAAUUUUCCUGAUGAGGAUAAAACGGCCACGCAAACUACUCCAAGUAUCUUGAGAAAAAAUCAGGUGUAUCCGUCAGAUAAAGAAGAGGUAAAACGGCGACAAUACGUAUCGUCGGACAAUGACGAUCAUAUCGAUCAUCAAAUAAUUCGAGUAGAAGAUGACAGCGACGUCUGACUGUAAUUAGAGGCCAUUGCAUAGAGAAAUUUCAUAUUAAUAAAUAUUGUUUUUGUCUUUGGUGAACAAUUUGAGCGAAAUGUUGUUCAUGUUUUUAGUAUAACGAUUGUUGUAUCAUGGCAUAUUUCACUCCUUUUUUAAAUAUUUUUUGCUUGUUAUUGCGGUUGAGGCUUGCACAAUAAGAUUAUAAAUUAAAAAACGUAAAGAAAUAAAAAUGCACAACUCAA